AUAUUUUUCACGACUUUUAUAACCUGGCUUGCCACAAAGAUAUCCAAAACUCAGAGUGGAAGUAGAGUCAAUCCUCCUAUCUUUCCCUUCAUCCCAUCAAAGAAAUCGAAUUAUCAGAGAAAACAUGUUCUUUGGCUGCUGUAGAAUAUGAAGCUUCAUCAUUGGCCAAAAAGUUCAGUUGUUUCAGCUAAAAAAGAAGCCUUUUUUUCCCGCAAUUUGGUUACUAAUUCCCAGCUGAAGCCAUGUCUUGAGGAAUCCAUAUCAAAAUUGCUCAAUAGAAGAUGGACAUUAGAAAAACCAGAUACCAAAGUUCAGCAGAUUACAAUUUCAUUGAAGCAAACAUCAGCAAGAAGUGGAAUUUUUGGUAAUAUGAACUUCUCAAUUGAUGCAUGUCCAAAAUUGGGUGAUGCUAUGAUGGAUGAAAGAUGCCAAAAUCCUUUGUUUUACAUCGUAAGAGAUGACCUGUUACACCCGUUUGUCAAUGGAAACAAAGCAAGGAAGCUGGAUGCUUUACUUCCUUUCAUUGAGGAUUGCUGGGGCACUGAUGUGGUUACCUGUGGAGGUUGUCAGAGUGCACAUGCAGCUGCUGUGGCUGUCUCAUGUGCGGAAAGGGGCCUUAGAUCACAUUUGCUUCUUCGAGGGGAAGAGCCAGAGAUUUUGACCGGAUACAACCUAGUAUCAUCUAUGUAUGGAAAUGUUAUAUAUGUGCCGAGAUCACUUUAUGCCAAGAGGGAGGAAAUGCUGCUUAGGCAUGCAAAUGCUAUUGCAGGUCCCAGUGGUUCUGUAAUGUGGUUCACUGACAUUCUUAAUAGCUUCACCGACUCACAUAGUGGAAUGAACUGCAUGCAAACAAUUGCAAAUAGAAGUUUGGAGGAUGCCGAGAAGAAGGUCGUAAUUGUUAAGGAAGGUGCUGGGGAUGCUGUGGCAUUGUUAGGGGUCAUUCGCCUGGUGAAGUACUUGUCGCAGAGCCAUAUACUUGGAAAAAGGAGGCCAUAUAACUUUGUGAUUGAUGCAGGUACUGGGACAACAGCAACGGGUUUUGCCCUCGGAGCCUUAUUACUUGGGUUGCCCUGGAAGGUAAAUGCUGUAAUGCUGGCUGAUACUUUUGAUGGAUACAAGAGUCAGGAGGAUCGUCUUAUUUCAGAUUUUAAGAGAUAUGCAGCACCUGCACUUAGCAAUUACACCUUGAAGAAUGACCUUGUUCAGUGGGUGAAUCGUGAAACUCCAAGAAAAUUUGGUAAUAUAUUGGAUGGAGAAAUCACGGGAUGUCAACAAAUAGCUAACCAAACAGGGGUUCCUGCGGAUCCAAUUUACACCUUGGCAGCAUGGGAACUAGCUGUUCACUUAAGCCACAAGCAACUAGACAAAGGGGCAAAGGUGGUGAUGCUUCAUACAGGGGGCACUCUUGGCUUGUUUGGACUAGCACAAAGAUACAAAUCUCACUUCAGCAAGCUGAAAGAUGGACCGUCCCAAUAAUUUUGCUCAUCGAAAUAGUGAAAGAAAGGAACGAACACAUAGGAAUUUGCUAGAUGUUCGUAGAAUGACACGACACAUCUUACACAUUCGAACGGUAGAUGUUUGAUCUUUAUUCAAAUUUGCUUUGCAUAUGCAGGUUUUUCUGAGCAAAAUGUAGUACGAAAUUUGAAGUUUGAAUGGUCAGAAGACUGGCAGGAUCAAGUUGAGAAUUUAUUUUUAAUUUUUAUUUAAAUGAAUUUAUGGGUUCA